AUGGGUAAACCACCCAGCAGUUGUCACAUUAUUGCUGCUCAGAAAUGUGAGGAUUUGAUGAAUCAACAUCAAUCUAUAGUACAUGCUCUGUUUAAGCAAGAUGAUAAGGCGAAAAAUGAGUAUCGUAUUCGCUUAAAUGCUUCGAUUGAUGCUUCAAGAUUCUUGUUACGACAAGGAUUACCUUUUCGUGGCCAUGGUGAGAAAGAAGAGGAUGCGAACAAAGGAAAUUUUUUGGAGCUUUUGAAAUACACAGGAGAACAGAAUAAGGCUAUAAAGCAGAUGGGUGUUGUUUUUCGGUUUGUUGAUAAAGGUGGAGCAAUCAAAGAACAGUUUAUUGGAGUUGUUCAUGUAAAAGAAACAUCUUCAUUAACUCUGAAGUCUGCUAUAGAUGAAUUGUUUGCUAGAUAUGGGAUGAGCAUUACAAAUGUGUGA